AUGGCACAGGGGUUGACAAGAACUCACGAGCAAACACUGCGCCUCAACUCAAGCUUUCACCUGAACCUGACACAACUCCAAGGGACAGCCUACUGUUUUGUAGCAGUGAAGCUACGAAAUAACAGCAAGACCAACCUUAUUAAUAUCAAUUUCUGGUAUUUUGAGAAGCAGCAGGCUGUACGUUUUUUCAUGCCAGAAACACUAAACCAGGGCAAGAGUGUCACUGUACUGGUUGAUGGCCAAGAAGUGGGCCACUGGAAUCUCACAGGACAGAAGUAUGUCCACAAGGACCUGAGCAGCUGCAGACAUUCAGAGUCAGGGGUCCAGGUGGUGGGUGUCGUUCAGGAACGCCGUCGUAAAGAUGUGAUGUUUUUGGACCGCGUCAUCAUCCAUCAUCCAGACGUUGACAUCCACCUGGGACAAGGUGGGAGGGUUGAGGCCAACAACGCACAGCUGAAGCUCAGCAAUUCACCUGAGGCGCAUCACGGUGUGGACUUCAUGAAGGAUGAAACUGGAGUGACCGCCAACAUGACUCACUCCAACUACUCCACCUUGGUCUUCUUUGAUGGAUACACAGUUCACAUCCACACCACACAUUCAUGGAUGCUCAAAGUCGAUAAGGGGCUGCAGGGUUUAUGCGGAAACUUCAGCCAGUCUUCGAUUGACACAAAAGACUUGGAGUUCAGUUCUUCUAGUUGUGAGGUACAGUUCAAUGACACUGUUGACAGCAGCAUCAACUGCCCCACAGUCAAUGAACGCUGUGAACUUCUGAGAGGAUGGCACUUCAGUGACUGCCAGGCUGACAUCAAUCCAGAGCCAUACAUCAUCUCCUGCAACAGCACUCUGUGCCAAUACCCCGAUGUGGAUGGUCUUAGGUGCCAGUUUCUAGAGGCCUACACUAAAGCCUGCAGCCUGAAGAACCACACUGUGGCCGACUGGAGAACAAUGGCGAACUGCUCCACUCAGGCCUUCUGUAAUGACACCCUCUGUGUGGAUCAUGAGUUCUGUGCUGAGGGCCUCAGUGGUGACAUCAGAUGCUUCUGUAGAGACAUUUUUGUUUCUGACUACAGAUCCAACAACUCUUUGGGCCAACCGGUGGUCUGCAGUCCAAAUUCUGCUUCAAUGACUCUGCUUGGUUGUCUCCUGGAGGAAAUAGAUGUUGACUAUUCUGACUUACACCUCAAUGAGGACUCCUGCAGAGGUGACAGAGACAUGAACCACAUGGUGACCUUCCGUUUCAACCAGAGCAACGUCUGUGGGGUGGAGGUCAUGGCCAACAACAGCCACGUGGUUUAUAAGAACAACUUCACCAUAGAAGGGGGCACCACUGAUGUUAUUGAUAGGUUCAACCAGUUUGACACUUUGGACUUCUCCUGCUUCAGCGGUCAACCUGACAUUCAGAGCAUGGCCUUCAAGAUCAGAGCCAACUCUGUGGUCCAGCAGAUGAUAUCUGGAUCUUGGAAUUACAGUGUCAAAAUGACAGCCUACACUGAUGCUGACCACAGACAUGCUGUCACGUCAGAUACUGAAAUCCAGAUGAACCAGACCGUCUUUGUGGAGCUGAAGGUGUACGACCUGCUUGACAACCUGGUCAACUUGAUGUUCAAUGAUGAUCAUCUGGUGAAGGUGCAAGUCAAUGGAGAGGGAACAUCCAGCUACUUCUCCUUCAAUAUGUUCCACUUCUCUGGUCGAGGUCAUGGGAUUUACCUGCACUGCAAACUCCAUCUGUGUGCCAAGCAGAAUGUCACCUGCGGCCCGAUGAACAAUGAUGACAUCACCCCUCUCCCGGACCUGGCCACACUGAACUCCAAUGACUGGGCUAGCCUUCCAGCAUCGACCCACAACACCACGCCACAGCAAGCCAAGGAAGAGGAGCCUCAGGAUUUUGCUUUGUCACUCUCACCAUCCUGGUUUGAGGAUUGGGCCUCACCUGAAUCACCAGCUAGCCUCCCAGUAUCGACCCACAACACCAUGCCGCUGCAGGGUAAGGUGGAGAAGUCUCAAGAUUGGGACUCACCACUCUCACCAUCCUGGUCUGAGGACUGGGCCUCACCUGAAUCACCAGCUAGCCUACAAGCUUCAGCCUUUGGGGGAGAAGAGGUGGGGGAAGUCCCAUGUUUUGACACGCCCCCAAUUUUCCGCUUUCCUGAGGCAGACGUCUUAUUCGUCUGUAAAGCAGCAGUCCGUCACAUCUUCAUUGAGGUGCUGCAGGUGUAUGUGAAGAAGGCAUGUUACGGCUGCCGAGACAACCACCUCGAUGAGCUUCAACACAUGUGUCUUUACAUCAGCGAUGAUUUUUGGAUCACAGAACACUUUUACCCAUUGCUAGGCAGGCUCAACACACCAAGAUUUCUUCCAGCGAUUUACCACGCGCUUGCAUUAUUUGGUGCAGAGGCUGAUGUCGCCACAGUGAGAACUCUAACAGAGGUCUUCUUAGCUGAGCUUCAGCUGGAGAGAGACAUCACAACCAUCGGCCUCUUUGGGCGAGAGGCCUACAAUAUCCUGCAGACUGUGUACGGGUUUUAUCAAGCCUAG